UGUCAUCAGCAAAUGGGAGCAGCAAGGAGUAGGCCAUAUGGGCAGCCCAGUUCUGGAUCCUUGUACGCGGUUAGAGUUUGAUCUUAAGCCAGGAUUGGAAAGGUGUUGGGUUUAAGUGGAGACGGGAAGGGUUAGACGGAGAAGACGAGAUACACUGGGAGAGUCUGGGGUGCAGAACUGUUAGCAAACAGGACCGGGCGAGCGGCGAGGAACGGAACCGUAGGUUGCGGGCCUGCGCCGACAUGUUCUGCAGGACGAGCCCAGGGUCCACCUCCCCGGCCAGGAGGCAGAAUAAGGAGAAGGAGAUCAAGGAGACCAAAAUCACUAUCAACUGCGUCACCUUCCCCGUGUCCAUGUCUGCGCCGGAGCAGCAGCUUCUCAAGCCCAGUGAAUGGAGCUACUGCGACUAUUUCUGGGCCGAUAAGCGGGACCCUCAGGGGGCCACAGUGUCAGGGUUUGAGGUGCUGCUGCAGAAACAGCUGAAGGGGAAGCAGAUGCAGAAAGAGAUGGCAGAGUUCAUCAGAGAAAGGAUAAAAAUCGAAGAGGAGUAUGCCAAGAACCUUUCCAAACUCUCCAUGUUCCCAAUGGCAGCACAAGAAGAAGGGACUCUUGGAGAAGCUUGGGCACAACUGAAGAAGAGUCUAGCUGAUGAAGCCGAGGUCCAUCUCAAGUUCUCCUCAAAGCUCCAGAGUGAAGUCGAGAAGCCUUUGCUGACCUUCAGAGGAGACAACUUUAAAAAAGACAUGAAGAAAUACGACCACCACAUCGCUGACCUGAGGAAGCAGCUGGUCAGCCGUUACGCUGCUGUGGAGAAGGCACGGAAGGCUCUAGCGGACAGACAGAAGGAUCUUGAAGUGAAAACACAGCAGCUUGAGAUCAAACUGAGCAACAAAACGGAGGAGGAUAUUAAGAAAGCCCGACGGAAAUCCACACAAGCAGGUGAUGAUCUGAUGCGCUGUGUGGACCUUUACAAUCAGGGUCAGUCAAAGUGGUUUGAGGAGAUGGUCACCACGAGCCUGGAGUUGGAGAGGUUGGAGGUGGAGCGGGUGGAGACGAUACAGCAGCUUCUGCGUCAGUACACCACACUGCGGCAUGAGACGGACAUGUUCAACCAAAGUACGAUGGAGCCGGUGGACCAGCUCCUGCAGAGUGUGGAUCCUGCCAAAGACAGAGAGCUCUGGGUGAAGGAACACAAGACGGGGGAUCUGAGACCUGUGGACAUGGACAUCUAGACAAAACACACACACACACACACACAUUAUACUAUAUGAAUCUACCUGCAUGCCUGUCUACCUGAGUACUUCAACCUCUCAGCCAAAGCCAUACAGGUAUCACCCCUUGAAACACUGCUUGUUUUGUGGAUUUCCACUGAAAAUAUUAGAUAAUUACAAACUCAUAGCUUUAUAGACGAUUUUUUUAAUGUCAUGUGGAACGAGUGGCGAGAAAGGACAGCAGCACAGCAGGCGCAUUAUGAUACCGAGUAGCCAUCCAUAUAAUCCUGCAUGUCCUCUGAAUAAGAUGCUACUUAAGACUUCCCGGUAUGUUUAUUAUACAUUAACAUGAUUCAAGUAGUCGAGGCACCAUUGAUAUAGAUCUGAACAAACACUGUACAGUAAAACACCUCUUUGUGUAUUUGCCGCAGUGGAUGCCUGUUAAACAAAUUUCAUCCAAUCAAUUUUGUUGAUCUUUUUGGUGUACGUACAUUGAACUACACAGCUAUAGAUAUUUACAGUUGCCUGGACUAAAUUGUGAGUCAAACGUGUAAACCAACAGCUUCGGGAUGCCACAAACUUCAAAAAUGAUUAAUCCUUAACAGAAAUGACCAGCAUCAAAGUUAAGGGGGCAGGGGGGGAUGGGUUAAAGCAUAUCAUUCUUUGGUAUUGUUAAAUCUGUGUUGUAUUUAAAAAAAGUAAAGGAAUGCAGUGGAAAGUUUUUAAUGCUAUUUUCACAAACUCCACAUAAACUGCUGGCGAAUCAACAGCCUUCCUUAUGAGAGAGGGGUCAGAUUGCAUCGUUUAGGGAUGGAAUUGCUAUAUUUUCCUAUUUCUGCAGAUUUAUUUUACAGAAAAGCAUGUUUUGUCUAGAUGUAGGACUAGUUGUGUAUGGUUAAUGGACGUUUAAGUUGAGUGGUGCUGGUUAGUCCAUUGAUUGUGUUCAUGGAAGACGUGUCAACUAGCCAGGACUCGAUAGCAAAGGCAUAUAAUUUUUCCCAGUUGAAGCCAAGAAAUCCCCUUAUGCAGCCAGAUAUACUCUGCUGGCGUCGAAAUUUCUUCUGUAGGUUGAUCUAAAGCAGUUUAUAGACUGUUUCUUAAUGGUGAGAUUAUAUGGUUCUGCUGUAGAAUCCGGGUGUCAAUCAAAGGUGGAUCCGAUGUGAAUUCUAAUGAUUUGUGUUGUAAUGUACACCUUUUAGUGCCUAAAGGUUAAUUGCCUUGGAAUGUUCACAAUCUAUUGUGUUAAGUGUUUGUACAUAAUUGUAAAUAUGUGCGUGGCGUUUUUUUUGUCCGUAUUUGUUGUCAGGCUCAUCCUGCAUCAUGCUCAUCUCUCUGUAGUCUUCGUCGUAUAGUAUGUUUUAAAAGAUACGUAAACAUUUGACUGAUGGAUGCCACCGUUUUCUGCUGAAUGCACGUUGUCAUAGGCAGCUAGUUAUCACACUGUUUGACCCGAAACAGCUCGAAUACUGGAAGAUAGAUGAAACCUUGCAGUUUUCAAAACUUUAUACAGUGAUUUGAUAUAUUUAUAUGGCACAGGAAGUCAAAGCACACUUUGGGAAAUGAAAAUAUCUGUGCUUUCAUUCAAAUUCCUACCAGAUUUGUAUUUAUUUUUACUAUCAGUCAGUAUGGGAAGAAAAACGUUAGUGGUUAGAGUUAGAUAAAUAUGUUGCCCAAUAAAAACAAGCAUGGAAUUAGUGUAAAAAUAAAUAAAAAUUCAACUAAACUCAAGCACACCAGAAAUACAGUACAUGAUUUGGAUCACAAGUGCUCAGCUGAAAACAUUGUCAAAUGCACAUUAGCAUGUCCGAUAAUGUGAAAGUAAAUCUAAAAUUUAUAAGGAAAAAUGCUGUACCAUGAAAGGUAAUGCAUUCAGGUUAUUAUUUACUUUUUUAUUUGGAAGUUACUCUCUUUUCACCGUAUAUGGGGUAUGACUGGUUUACAUUUGCUGUUUAGCAUGUAACAAGUUUUACUAUACUGCAUUGCCCAAGCUAUUCUAGAACUACAUGUUGCAGAAAUUGUAUUGAAACUUGAUGUCAAUGGUGUGCAUUAUGUGUAUUCUGAAGAACCGUUCAGUUGAAUGUCUGUGUUCCAAACUAGAUCUUUUAUAUAUAUAUAUAAUAUUGUAAAUGUUGAUUUAUUUGCUCUCAACUUAAUAGUUUUCAUUGAUAAUAUUCAUUUAUCAACAUGUUUAUGAAGAUAUGAUGUUUGUUGAAUUUGCCCAGGAAAUGACUACAUUGUCUAUAAUAAUAAUAAUAAAAAAGAACUCUAAUUGUU